AUGCUGCAGUCCGGUUUUAUUCAUGCUGACAUUGUAGAAUAUCAUCAGCAUCAAUCUGUGACAGACAUUGACGCGAUUCAGGACUAUGAAUAAAUUGUAUCAAUUAUAUAUAACCGUCACUCGCAACAGUUACCUCUUCAGAGACAGAGAGCCCUGCGAAAGUGGCAACGUCGGCAUGAGUUUUACCAUUUUCUGUACGAAAGCUCUGCCGUUCGGAUCAGUGAUCAAAAAUUCACGUCCCUCAGGUGUAAAAUGAAGUUUUCAGAAGGAGACGAAGUGCUUGUAAAACAUCCAAGUACUGAUAGAUAUCAUAAAGUUAAAAUAUUAGGUAUGAGAGGUGAACGGUAUAAAGUACAAUUUGAGACAGGCAUUGAACAGUAUGUUCAUUCAACUGAUAUUAAGAUAAAUAGGCCAUCGCGAAGUACAACAAGAGCUAGUAGUAGAGGUAGGAAAAGUCCUACCAGACAUUCAUCAGCCAAAAGAUCUCCACAUAGACGUUCAGCUGGAAGAUCUCCAUCUGCAAGUAAACAAUCAACUAGGAAUCAAAAAUUUGCAAAAGUUACUUUACCACGGAUAGAAAUAUCUAAAGAUAAUGAUCUCAUCAAUAAGAAAAAUGUAAAUGAUGAUGAAUAUGCUGUAGAAUCAAUGCCUCUUCAAUCACGAUUGAAGGAAUUAAGCACAGCAACGCGUAGAUCAACAAGACUGUUAUCUGGUACACUAAAACCUGAAUCAGACCAUAAAAUGGUUUUGUUAACAAGAAAUAUUAAUCGAGCUGUCUCACUUCCGUUAGAAAGGAAAAGUCAAAUGUACGAUUUUAGCAUUGACGUAAAAGAGAGAGGCCAUUCAGUACAAAAAGAUCAAGAUUUGUCAAAAACGUUAAAUUAUGAAGAAAAUAUAGAUACAAAUCUACAAAUAUUAGAAAAACGAAAAAAGGAAAUCAGCAUGGUUAGUGAGCCACAAGAAUGGGGUGGAUGGUUUGGAACUCUUUUGCUUAUAAUUUUAUCACCCAUAAUUAUAAUACUACCACAAUUAAUGUGUACAAAAGAUGAAUGUAUAUUUGGAUAUCCUAAGAUACCAACAGAUAUAACGUUAUAUAUAGAUUUAAAAUCUUUUAUCGCGUAUUUAUGUUUCUUUUUAUUUGUAAUAAUUUUUUCGACUUUACCGAUUGGCCGAAAAAUUGAUGGACCACAUACUAGAAUUGGAAGACUACAAUAUCAUUUAAAUGGUUUUUUAUGUGGCCUUUUAUCAGUAAUCAUAUUUGCUGUUUGUAUAUAUAAGAAACUAGAAAUCAUUGAUCUUAUUACACAAAAUUCUGUACAAUUUUCAAUCAGUGGUUGGAUUCUUGGAACAAUUUUAUCAUUGUUGUUAUUUGUAAAAGGAGGUAGAGCACCUGUAGCUAAUUUAAACAUACACGGAUCCACUAACAGUGUGAUAUAUAACUUUUGGCAAGGAAGGGAAAUAAAUCCACGAAUUGGUCCUGUGGAUUUUAAAAUAACUCUCUUCCGGACUUCUAUGAUAGCAAUAAUUCUUAUAAACUUGUCCAUUGUGAUGAAAGCAAUUGAAAAAACGGAAACUUAUAGUUUAGAACAUUUUAAUGUAGGUGUUUUAUUAGGUGCAUUACUGCAAAUAAUUUAUGCAAUAGACGCGCUCGUUUUUGAAUCUACAAUACUGACGACUUUUGAAGUAAUGUACGAAGGAACAGGUUAUAUGUUAUGCACCGGUUAUAUGAUGUACCCAUUUUUACCAACUCUUACAACAAAGUACAUGCUGUAUCAUAAAAUACAAUUUACUUACCUAUUUGUCUUUCCUCUACUUGCAUUUAUAAUGGGAUAUUUGCUAUAUAGAAUUAGCAAUUCACAAAAAAAUGAAUUUAGAAGAAAUCCUUUAUCUCCAUCAUUAAUGCAUUUAGAAACUAUACCGACUAUCCGUGGUAAGAAGCUCAUAGUAUCUGGAUUAUGGGGUCAUGUGAGACAUCCAAAUUAUUUGGGUGAUAUAAUAAUAUGGUGGUCAAUAUCGAGUAUAAGUUUAGCAUGUGAUAUUUUGCCUUAUUAUUAUGCAAUUAUGUGCUCAGGAUUAUUGAUGCACAGAGCAAUAAGAGAUAAUGAACGAUGCAAACUACGUUAUGGUUUAGCUUGGGAACAGUACACGUCACGUGUCAAGUACAUGAUCUUAUACCGUAUAUUUUAGAGUAUAAUAUGUAUAAAAUAUUAGCAAAGGUACCUUUAGAUACCAAAAUAUGUUACAAAGUUGUACCUUUAAGAAUUGCAAUGCUCAUUAUUUUCUAGAAUAUUUCAAUCAUAUUAGGAUUAUAUAGGAUUAUAUCACACACAUACACAUUAGGGUCCAAAUUAAUGGAGUAUAAAACCAAAAGAAAUGAUCAUAACAUUUAUUAUUAAAUUUAAGCACAUCAUUUUUUAAAAUCUUUGACACAAUGAAUAGAGUGUGGUUAUUAAAAAAAAUAUAUUUUAGACAUAAUUUAGAGAUAUUGUUGAUAUAUAAAGUAUAUUAUAUAAAAUAUAAAGUAUAUUUCUAUAAUAAAGACAUUAAAAUAAAAAUUUUUAUACUUUUUAUAUGAGAAUGUACAACGGACAAAUAAAAAAUUUUUUAAUAGCUGUAUAAUAUUAAAAUUAUAUAAUUUCUUUUGCAAUGAAAUGUACAAUCUUUUAUAAGUUUCAAUAAAUAAGAUGCAAUGACUUACGAAAGCGUUUGUACACUUAGCAUAAAAAAUCUUUUAUGUGUAUAUUAUAUGUGUUUCUAAAAUAUCUUGUUUAUUAGCACUAUUAUAAGAUAUGAUUGCUACAACCAUACUGCAAACUUAUUUAAUAGAAAAUUAAUAUGUAUAUAUGUAGUAUGAAUAGUUUAGAUAGGUACAUAUAUAAGUGUUAAAGAUGAUCUCUGAAUGUUGAAACUUAUUAAUAUUGUAGCUGGUUGAUUGUAUACCUUCAUGAAUUAUUGUAUGUAUUUUUUGUAUCUUUUAUUGCAUCCGAAAUACAAUGUUUUGGAAAGAAAUAAAUUGCAUAAUCUUUUUCAAAGUCAUCCAGUCUGA